GUAUUGGCAAAUACACAGAAGGGACCACAAAGACGCAAGGUUUUCCAGUAUGAACCGGGCCUUUAACAGGAAAAAAGAUAAAUCCUGGAUGCACACUCCAGAAGCUCUGGCAAAGCAUUACAUACCCUACAAUGCCAAGUUUCUUGGAAACACAGAAGUUGAUCAACCGAAAGGCACAGAGAUUGUUAAAGAUGCAGUUAGAAAGUUAAAGUUUCAAAGGCAUAUCAAGAAGUCAGAGGGACAGAAGACCCCGAAAGUGGAAUUGCAAAUAUCCAUUUAUGGAGUAAAGAUCUUAGAUCCCAAGACAAAAGAUGUCCAAUAUAACUGCCAAUUGCAUAGGAUAUCCUUCUGUGCAGAUGACAAGACAGAUAAAAGGAUAUUCACCUUCAUCUGUAAAGACUCAGAGUCAAACAAACACCUCUGCUACGUGUUUGACAGUGAGAAAUGUGCAGAGGAGAUAACACUCACUAUUGGCCAGGCAUUCGACUUGGCCUACAAGAAGUUCCUUGAGUCUGGUGGAAAAGAUGUGGAGACACGGAAACAGAUAGGAACCUUACAGAAAAGAGUACGAUUCAACUGUUGGACAAGUAUUCAAGAACUGGAAACUGAAAAUUCUGAGCUAAAGAAGCAGCUUUCGGAUCUGGAGGAGCAGUUGAUGAUUGCUCCUGUACCACCACUGCUGCACAUAAACUCUACUAAUGAGGCCUACAUGCUCUCAAGGCCCUCCUCGCUCUUCUGGUGUCAUAAUCUGACGUCCUUCUCGUGUCUUGAGAUCUCCUCGGUCACACUCACCCCUAUGAGCUCGCCAGAGUCCAACCUCUCAGCAGGGCUACUAACCCCUCCUCCGGCUAAAUUCGCUCUCCUUCCAAAGACUGCCAACGGAUGCAGCAUCCCCCGACCUCGCGCUGGCAGCAUCUCCUUGAAACCCCAGACAUCCACAGAUGUUUUUGACAUGGUUCCCUUCUCUGCUGUCACACCCCUGGUGCCAAUACCCGCAAGCAACGGCACACCCCCUACAACAUCUCCUUCAGACAUGAGUAAAGACCUUUUUGGUGCAGCACCUUUCGAUCCGUUCACCUGUGGGCAAGCCGACUUCCCCCCGGACAUCCAGUCCAAGCUGGACGAGAUACAGCGUCAGAGAUGGAGGGGUUCAAAAUGGGACUAACCCUAGAGGGCACUGUCUUUUCUCCUGACCCACUAGACAGUCGCUGCUGAUGCCAAGUAGACAUGUUGCUUUUACAUACUGUUAAAUCAUUUGUAUUAAAAGUGCCAAAAUUGGGUCUAAAAUUCAAGAUGCCAAUGUUCUUCUCAUCUUGAGGUUUAUAUGUAUUUGCAUUUGAAUUUGGUUUUAGAAUAAUCAAAGGUAUAUUCAAAUCUGAUAUAGAAAGCACUAUUUUUGUAAGAACUCACAUGGGAAGGAGUAGUUUUGAGACCUCUUGCUUGUACAGGCAAUGAUGGGUGUAAAUAGUAUGUCCAAUGGUACCCUCUGUGGCCGAAUUUUCUUAUGUGUAGAAUCAGUUUUAUUGAAUAUACACCACUUAGAACGACGCUGUUACCACAUUCUUAUUUGUCUGUCAGACAUGACUUGCUUAUCAUCAAGUCACAAGACACGUAAAUGUAGUCAGUCUUGUAUUAACACUCAUAUACCAAACUCUCAGCUUGCCCUUCAUUUGACAUAUCUUCUAUGUUCUUUUUACUCAUAUGUAUCUUUAGUUAACUGAAAUUCAUUUAUUCUGAUAGUUUUGUCCGGACAUCGGAUUUAAUAGUUUUAUUGUCUUGUUAAACAUUUAUGUAUGUAUUGCCGUUUAUUUACUUUCUUAUGAUAUAUAUCAGUAUCCUCUUGCACCAGAAAGCACUUUUGAAAACCUCUGUCCAUAUACAGUACUAUAUACUUGUUAUUUUACUUUGUAUGCAA